ACUAUUGUCAAGCUUAAUGAUUGAACUACAUUGUUCAAAUUGAAAUAUGCCUGAUGUUAGUGGGACAUAUAUGUUGUCUUUAUUUGUCGCCUUAUCCCUGACUGGUGUGAAUCUUUUAUUAUCUGAGGAACUAUCACUCGAGCCCAAUGUAGACCAAUCGCCAAUGGCCAUACCAGUCCCAUCCUUAUCAUGAAGGAAGGCCGUUGAUGAGACAGUUUAACAUGGCUGCAUCUAAGAUGCCAUGCUGAGAAAUUCAGUAGGCAUACUGGUGUUUGCAAUGAGCCCUCAGUGAGCACAACUAUUAUUCUUUGUGCAAAGUACAAAUCUAGCCAGUGAAACAAUUCAGCUUGAUUUAGUUUGAAUGCAGCUCCUGCCAGAGCAUGCAUUUAAGUAGAGUGGUAAAUUCGAAGGAGAUGUGCAGAGCAAUUGUUUUUACUCAGGGUUGUAGAUGCCUGGAAUGUGCUGGCAAGCUUGGUGGUGGAAGCACAUAUGGUGGUGGCCUUUACAAGGCUUUUAAGUGGAUAUGUGAAUAUGGAAGGAUGUGUUUCAGGCAGACGAUAAUUAAUUUAAUUUUUAAUUUGUGGUAUGAAAACCCAUUCCUGUCUUGUACAGUUCUUUGUUAUAACUGAUGUGUCACUUAAAAGCACUGUUUGCAACACUUCUCAUCAAUUUUUAAAUUUAUCCAUUUUUCAGGAUGUGAUCAUUACCAGAAAAGAUGGCAUUUAUUGCCUUUCUUUAAUUCUCCUCACUCCAGGUGAUGGGGAAAAUAAAAACACUUGGUACUAACGGUAUCCCCAUCUACCCAGUGCUGUUGCCUGCUCAAUAGUAUGUGAAUGUACCUCCACCUAAAAGAUUAUUUUGGUCCCUAAAAAUAACUUGACAUCACCAUUGGCAAAAGUUGCUAAUCUUGUCAAUGACUCUUGCAUCCUGAAAAACAUAUAAAUUAAAGAAGAAAGAUGAAAGUUGUUUCCAGUGCAAUUGAGUGGCACCUAUUAAGGAAUAGAAAGAGCCAGAGUUUGAGGUAAAUUAGGGGCUAGACAUCUGGAAGCUCAGUUAAUAAUAGUUGGGUAAUGGAAAUUGAUAGAAGAAUUUGGAGGAGAGAGUAAAAUAGCUGGCCAAUUAGUCGAUCAUUGCCAGACUUGAAAGUAGCUGGAAUAUGAGUGAGGAAUUAAGGAAUGUUGUGCAGAUCAAAGUAGGAAGUCAAAGUUGAGUUGUCAUAUACGCAAAUAUAUACAUGCACAAGUGCAAACAAAGACUUAUUGCAGCAGCAUCACAGACACAUAGCAUCGUGUAAGCAGUAUUCGUAAUAAACCCAAAUAUAAAUUUUACACAAUAUUUUACUAAGAAGAACACGAUUAAAACAAGAAAGUAUAUUUUAGUUCAACAUGAUUGAAAUCUUGGUGAUAGUUGGGAUAUUGGGGUGGAAGCUCAGCUCCAGGUUAUGAACAGCUGAUCUAACUAGGAACAGUGGUCAAGUGAAAUCGUUAAUGUGAGAAGAAAGUCUGAGAUGGGCACCAAAAACACUAGAUUUUCGAUGCUAAUUUAGAAGAAAUUGAAACCUGUAUAAGACAGUUCUGCGGAAAACCUAACCUAAAGUGCUCCAGUGAAUAUAUAGCCUGCGGACUCAGCAAAUGUCUUAUCAGAAAAUUCAAAGCAUUGUUGGUUCAUAUCGAAUUCCUGCAUAAGCAUGUAGAGGAAGUGCAGAUUAGUUCAAGACUUGAGCCAUUUUUAACAUGAAUGUACAUGUGCUUGCAACAACAACCUACUUGUAGACUGCAUGUGACUGUUCUUACCUGUCUUGUAUUUUCAAGAUGAGAGUCUGCCCACAGUAUUUUCCUUUGAAAAUAUAAGAGUAGAAGUGGUUUGGGUGAAGAGUCGGGAACAAUCCAUAAUUCAUGGUACUGCAUGCUUUCAGAGAAAAGUAAAAGCCGCUGACUGUGCCUGUUGUGUUUCCAUACCGUCGAAGAGAUUGGAAUUUAAGCUAACGAUUGAGAACUUGAAUUAUUUGUGGCUUUUGUUUUUUUUUUCUUUUCACCUUCCACCCUUGUAUUCUGGACAAGCACCCUACCUUAUGGGAGGAUUUGACAAAGUGAACUGAAAAGAAUGGGGCAGAAUGAAGCUCACCAUGCAGAAGAUUUAGAGAAUGAAACUGAUGGAAGUUUAUUAGAUCUGAAGACUCUGGUUGAGAACCAACUACAGACCACCAUGAUGAUGGGAAUAAUUUUGGGGGCUGGUGUGGCAGUGGUGCUGAUUGCCUCCACCAUUCUCAUUAUCCAUAGGCGGUUGCAAGAGAGAAAAAUUCAAGCUCCAGAAACUCCCAAGUACAGAUUUCGAAAACGUGAUAAAGUAAUGUUCUAUGGCCGCAAGAUCAUGAGAAAGGUAUCCCAAUCCACAUCUUCCUUUGUUGGAACUUCGAUAAGAACAAGAGUGAAAAGAAAACAAAAAAUGCUGAUCAUUGCAAAACGGUUUUUGCACAUUAGUAAGGAAGUUCCAACCCUUCAACCGAAGGAGCCCCCACCCUCUGUUCUUGAGGCUGAUUUAACUGAAUUUGAUGUUGCCAGCUCACACUUGCCUUUGGAAGUACUGUAUAUGCUGAAAAAUGUCAGGGUUUUGGGCCAUUUUGAGAAGCCUCUGUUUCUGGAGCUGUGUAAGCACAUGGUCUUCCAACAGUUUCAGCAAGGAGAGUACGUCUUUAAACUGGGCCAGGCAGACAACAGCAUCUACGUAGUCCAGGAUGGCAAACUGGAGCUCAGCCUGAUGGGACCUGAAGGUAAAGAAUGUGUGGUAAAGGAGGUUUUUCCUGGCGACAGUGUGCAUAGUUUGCUCAGCAUUCUUGAUGUCAUUACUGGUCACCAACGACCAUACAGAACUGUGUCAGCUCGAGCUAUUGAAGUAUCAACUGUACUUUGCUUACCGGUGGAGGCAUUCCAGGCAAUUUUUGAGAAGUAUCCUGAAAGUUUGGUGAGGGUGGUGCAGAUCAUCAUGGUGAGGCUACAGAGAGUGACUUUCGUGGCUUUGCACAACUACCUGGGCCUGACUAAUGAGCUGUUCAAUCAGGAGAACCAGCCUUCACGCCUUGUUCCUCAGCCAAACACCACCACGCGGAUGAGCCCUUUACGACACAGGCGGUACAUAAGUAAUUCAGUUGCUGAUGAUCAGAAGGAUGCGGCUGGGAAAUCGAGUUCAGAUGCAGGGACCGAGGGUUCAAAGGCACAGACUUCUGAGAACAAUCGAGCUGCAUUGUUAAGCCGUUGUAUAUCCAUGCCAGUGGACAUUUCAGGAAUACAGAAGGGAAUGUGUUCAGAUUUUGAUAUGGCAUAUGAAAGAGGGAGAAUUUCCGUGUCCCUGCAGGAGGAAAUACCAUUUUGCCCUUCUUCAUUUAGCAGAACAGCAUCACAGGAUACCAGGGAACGCAAGUCUGUGACCGUGGAGGGACAGCCAUCGUCUGUGUUUCUUUAUCCUGAGGAUGACCCGGACGACUUCUAUGGAACAGAUGAAGUGAAACAUGUUGGAACCAUUUUCGAGGAGGCAAAGCAGGAGCUCUUGAAGUUAAUGCGGAUUGAGGAUCCAUCACUUCUUGAUAAUCGUGUAACACUGCACCAUGCCAAAUCUGGAACCAUACUGGCCCGUCAAGGAGACCAGGAUGUCAGUUUACAUUUUGUGUUAUCUGGCUGCCUACACAUUUAUCAGCGAAUGAUCGACAAGGAGGAUGAUGUGUGCCUAUUUGUGACCUAUCCUGGUGAAAUGGUGGGCCAGCUCGCUGUCCUGACUGGAGAACCACUGAUCUUUACCAUCAAAGCAAAUCGUGACUGCAUCUUCCUCAAGAUAUCCAAAUCAGACUUCUAUGAGAUAAUGCGUGAACAGCCCAAUGUCGUCCUCAGUGCCGCACACAAUGUGGCCGUUAGAAUGUCUCCGUUUGUCCGUCAAAUGGACUUUGCGAUUGAUUGGAUGGCAGUGGAAGCAGGCCGUGCUCUCUACAGGCAGGCUGACCGAUCAGACUGCACCUACAUUGUGCUGAAUGGGCGGCUGCGAUCUGUGAUUCGAAAGGCUAACGGCAAAAAGGAGCUAGUAGGAGAAUAUGGGCGUGGAGAUCUGAUUGGCGUGGUGGAAGCCCUGACACGUCAGCCCCGAGCCACCACAAUGCAUGCUGUUCGUGAUUCGGAACUGGCCAAGUUACCAGAGGGAACACUGAACAACAUCAAACGGAGGUAUCCUCAGGUAGUCACUCGAUUAAUUCAUCUACUGGGCCAGAAGAUCCUGGGCAACUUGCAGCAGGUGCAUGGACCAUUCCCAGGUUCAAGCUUGGGAUUUUCAACAGCUAGCAGUGCUGAUGUAACAAACCCAACCAGUAACCUUUCCACCGUGGCUGUGCUUCCUGUCUGUGAUGAGGUGCCAAUUGUUGCCUUUGCCAUGGAACUGAUGCAUGCACUCAAUUCAAUUGGACCAACUUUGCUGAUGACGAGUGAUAUCAUUAGGCAGCGACUGGGCGCAUCAGCAUUAGACAGCAUCCAUGAAUAUCGUCUCUCAGCUUGGCUGGCCCAGCAAGAGGACAUACAUCGUAUUGUGCUGUACCAGACUGACUACAGCAUGACUCCUUGGACCCAACGCUGCAUUCGACAAGCUGACUGCAUCUUGAUAGUUGGACUUGGAGAUCAGGAACCCUCCUUGGGACAGCUGGAGCAGAUGUUGGAGAACACAGCAGUGCGAGCACUGAAGCAGCUCAUCCUUUUGCACAAGGAGGACGGCCCUAGUCCUUCCCGCACUGUCGAAUGGCUAAACAUGAGGAGUUGGUGUUCGGGGCACUUUCAUAUCAAGUGUCCUCGCAGGAUCUUCUCGCGCAGGAGUUUCCAAAAAUUGACUGAGCUAUAUGAAAAAGUAUUUCAGAAACCUGUAGACCGACACAGUGACUUCUCCCGAUUAGCCCGGAUCCUAACAGGGAACACUAUUGCUUUGGUCUUGGGAGGAGGAGGAGCCAGGGGAUGCUCACAUGUUGGUGUACUGAAGGCCAUGGAGGAAAUCGGAAUCCCAGUCGAUAUUAUCGGUGGAACCUCCAUUGGGUCAUUUAUCGGGGCGUUGUACGCAGAAGAGCGGAGUGCAGUGAGGACCAAACAGAGAGCAAGGGAGUGGGCAACUGCCAUGAAUUCUGUCUUUAAAACAGUAUUAGACCUGACCUAUCCUAUCACAUCAAUGCUCUCGGGCUCUGCCUUCAACACAAGCAUUGCUGAUGUCUUUGAGGACAAACAAAUUGAGGAUCUGUGGAUCCCGUACUUCAACGUGACAACUGAUAUUACUGCAUCUGCAAUGAGGGUGCACAAGGAUGGCAGCAUCUGGCGUUACGUCAGAGCGAGUGCAUCUUACGUCCCUUAUUUGCCUCCUCUCUGUGACCCCAAGGACGGGCAUUUGCUUGUGGAUGGAUGCUAUGUAAACAAUGUCCCAGCUGAUAUCGCCAAAACUAUGGGUGCUAAAACAGUCAUUGCCAUUGAUGUGGGAAGCAGGGAUGAAACCGAGUUGUGUAACUACGGAGACAGCCUUUCGGGAUGGUGGUUGCUUUGGAAACGCCUAAAUCCGUGGGCAGAGAAAGUUAAAGUCCCCGAUAUGGCAGAAAUCCAGUCCAGACUGGCCUACGUGUCCUGUGUCCGACAGCUGGAGGUGGUGAAGAGCAGUGCAUACUGUGAAUACAUCCGUCCACCUAUUGAUAGGUUUAAAACUAUGGACUUUGGGAAGUUUGAUGAAAUUUAUGAUCUCGGAUACCAGUACGGGAAGGUUGUGUUCGGUAACUGGAGCAGGGGGGAUAUUAUCGACAAGAUGCUGAAGGACAGGAAGUCUGUUGACUAUUAUGAAAUCAAGAAGAAGAACGCCUUUAUGUCCUCAAACGCUGCAUUCACUGACCUCGCUGAGAUAGUGUCUCGCAUCGAACCUCCAAAGAGCUACAACAUGGCAGACGAAGAGUCAGAUUAUCUGACUGAGUAUGAAGAUGAUGCAGUGGAUGCAAUGAGGGAUGAUGAUGAAGACCAAGAGGAACAGUAUGGGAAUGAAGAUCUAGAUGAUCAGGAAUAUUCAGAACAAGAUCAUCCCGCUACAGAAUGGAACAUGGAACUGGAUGAAGAAAGCAGUGUAAGGAACCGUAAACCUGGCUCUAGUAACCUGGAAUCCCCAUCUCCACCUGACAGUGAAGCUUAAACGUGGAGCCGUACGCUGCACAUUAACCCUGCCCUCCAACUCGCAGUUCAAUAACUUAGCAAAACAAAGGAAUCUACAAAAUCAUGCAAUUGAACUAGGGAUAUCUUUCCAAGCAGUCUGUGAAUGAGUUUUGUUCUUUAUUUUACACCUCCUCCCUCCUCAUUCAUUAUGAUCAGAGCUAUUACUGAGGAGCAUGUAGGGUAUGGAUGGCACAGCCAACUGCAGUGCGUGGACUUUGCAGUUAUUCGUAGCAUUCCUGUUUCCUUGGGAACUGACCUGCUGAAUUGGUUUUGUCCUUGCAGGAAGCAUACUGCUCACUCCUGAAGAUUUCUAAUUUUGUUUCUGGAGAGGGCAAAGUUCAAAGGACACGUGUUUGGAGUCAUUUCCUCACUCCUGUGCUCUCUGGGAUUUUGGUGCACGAACCUGUACAUAGAAUGGAGGCUGAGUAUGAAAAUCAUACUAGGUAUGGUUGGCACAGGCUUGUUGACAGCCCGCUGUAAUUCCCCCCAUGUAGCAUGGGCCAUGAGCAGCUCGCCAGGAGAUGAAGUAAAACAGCUUGAGCACAUCUCAAGCAGUGAGUUGAUGUCCUCGCUGAAAGACUGGUGCAGCAGUAAGGAUAGCAGCACCAAAGACCCAGGUUCAAUCCCAACCUCCGGUGCUAUCCACGUGCAAUAUGCACAUCCUCCCUGUGACUGUGUGGAUUUCCUCUGGGUGCUCUGGUAUCCUGCAGCAUCCCAAAGACAAGCAGUUGGUAGGUUAAUUGGUCACUGAACAUUAGUAUUUACUGUAAAUGAGUGAUAGAAUCCUAGUGUUGAUGAGAAUGCAGGAAGAAUAAAUUACGAUUAGUGUUAGAUGACCAUUCAAGAAGAUGGUUGAUGACCAUUUUGGACUCCUGGGCAAAGGGCCAGUGUCUGAUGUUACUGAAUCACACUUGGUCUAUUGUGUGGUUGGAUCUUGAUUGAGUCGCUCACUGAUUUUUCGGAAUUAUUUUCACUUUUGCCACACUGCCAAAGAAAAAGUGAUUUACUAUACUAUUAAUCAUUUCUCAUUAUUGCUCACUCUUUUUUUCUCUCUCUCUCACUCUCCUUCAUUCUCUUUUCCUACCUUUCUGAAUUUAAAUGUCAGUCACAUUUAUUCCUGCCUGUACAGAUUGCUACAGAAGGCAAAAGAUCUCCCGAGUGUUUAAUCCUGUGGUUGUGACCGAUCUGUGCCUCUCUGCAGCUACUUCAAGCACUCCAGGAUGUCUCAGGCAGUUUGAGAGGACUCACAAACUAAAACGAAGAAAAGGUUGUAAAGCAAGUGGUUCAAAAAUGCACACCCAGACCUCGCCUAAUUAGCACCAUGUAGCCUAUAAUGGCUCAAACUAAAAACUGGCAGGAGUUUCAUUUCAUGUCCUGGGUUCAAUGGGGCUUUGAAUGUCUUGUUCCUCCUGCCUUCCUUGGGUACUCGUAUAAUCUGGCUGGGUCUGGUAAUAAUUCUAUAAUCUUUAUUUAUCAUGUGAUGGAAAUGUUUAAUUUUUAUGGUAAAUGAUUGUUCCAACACUUUAAGUACCGUGCCCUCACCUGCUCUCUGACUCUUGAUGUUGUUUCAAAUACUACCAGGUUAAUGAUAUUAUAGAUUAACUCUCACCUGUUUUUCUUGGAUUACCACUGCCUGUGGGAAUCCGGUAUCAAUUACUAGGGGCUGUAAAUUCAAAACCAAGCUGCCAGCUCACAAUCUCCUUCUGCUUCUGUACUGGCGGGCAGUUCAGGGAAAGGAUUCUCUCCCAUACAUGAGCAGAGCAGAGGGAGGUGCUCUGUACCUGAGCCUCAGUCGUCCUUGCUGCUUCUGCACCAUCUUGUCCUUGGAGAAAAUGUUUAGGUCUGUAACCGAAGCAUUAUCCUAUUCGCCACCUCCAUCCAUCCUGUUAGACUGAAACUUGUGAACUCACAGACAUCUCCUCACUGUGAGUGCUUCUCUGUAGUGUGAGUGGCCAAUGAGGAUUCCAACCACACAGCAGUGGAUAGCUCCUGUACAGUAUUUUGCAAGUCACUCCCGGUUCAUUCAAGUAGCUCCCAAACCAGACAGGAAGAUAUAAAAUGCAAAUCAUUGUGUUUUCUGGUGUGCAGAUUUAGGGAAUCUUUGUCCAGCCCUUGGCUCCAUCCCUCCCCCUCUUGUCUUCUCCUAUCAUUUUGGAUCUCCCCCUCCCCCUCUCACUUUCAAAGCUCUUACUAGCUCUUCUUUUAGUUAGUCCUGAUGAAGGGUCUCGGCCCGAAACGUCGACUGUACCUCUUCCUAGAGAUGCUGCCUGGCCUGCUGCGUUCACCAGCAACUUUCAUGUGUGUUGGUUGAGGGAAUCUUUCACUCGGUUUUCUGCCAAAGAUUGCUGGCUGGAUAAAGUGGUGAUGCCCAAAUUGGGUUUAGCUGCAAUUAGGUGACAGUGGGGUGUACACUAGGGGUCAGACAGAAGGUGAGAUGGCUAGCCAGGGCACUGUGAGGGCAUUAGUCUGGGGUACGAAGGGCCAUUCCUCCCCUUGGUGGGGAAGUAGGUGCUGGUCACCGAUGGUCUCCAGUCAAAGGUUGUGGGGAAUGGGGAGAGACAGACACCAGCUCUAACCUGCCCAUCACUGAAUUCCUUUCACCUCCCACAUUCCCACACUAAUGAUUUGACUUUCAGUUUAUCUUUUCUAACAUUACCAAACACUGCACUGGUCAAUGAUGGGCAUUAGGUAAUUUUGUGCAUUUUUGUGGACUUUUAAUUUGAUGAAAUAAAUAACAGGUUUAUUUAUAAUGUUGGACAAUGAACCAAUAUAUUGUUGACUAACGAGAGCAGUCUUAUCCUUUUGUGAUGCUGUGAAUAUUCAAAUUAUAAUGAUAUUAAAUUCUACUGAUCCUACGUGUGCCCUUCGUGUAACUUCACUUGAUAUCAAUGAGGAUUGAAGAUGGAGCGACAUACAACGUGCUGAAGGAGCUCAUUGAGU